AUUUAUAAAGAAGAACAUAUUUACUAUAAUUUAUUGCAAGACUCUGUUUUCCAGAGUUUGAGAGCAGAGGAAUUGAGAGGAAGAAUAAAGAUGAGAAAGGAAUGAAUAUGAAUGAAUUGCUCUACCCAAGCAAUAAGAACAACCAAACUUUAUAUAUAUAUAUACAUACAGUUAAAGAAUAUACACAGAAAAACAGACUCAAGUUGAGCUGGCAAAGCUAAACAACUAAUCAUAAGCAAGAAGUCAACUCAGAGCUAGGUGGUUCACAUGAUGCAAUCCCAUUAAAAUUUCAUUUCAGUCCACCCAUGGCCAAUGUACGGACGAAACAAGCACAAGAGCCACUACUGCAACCCAGAAGCUACUGGCGAUGGUCUAAGCGAGACUUCUUCCCGGAGCCUUCUUUCGAGAGCUUCUCAUCAUACAGAGCAGCCGUCUCCAACACCUGCUCUCGCCUAAAAGACCGCCUUCUUCACCGCACUACCGAAACCACUGAGCUUGUCCACCUCCGCAGAGAGAGUGGUCAUGACAUGAACCGUUGCCUUACGUGGUGGGACCUCAUCUGGCUCAGCUUCGGUGCCGUUGUUGGCACAUCCGUAUUCACUAUCACAGGCCAAGAAGCUCACGACCAUGCCGGACCCGCUAUUGUUCUUUCCUAUGCUAUCUCAGGCUUCUCUGCUAUGCUCUCUGUUUUCUGCUACACCGAAUUUGCAGUCGAAAUUCCCAUCGCUGGAGGCUCCUUCUCCUAUUUGAGGAUCGAGUUAGGGGACUUCAUAGCCUUCACUGCCGCCGGUAACCUUAUAUUGGAAGCCAUCAUCGGCACAGCCGCAGUGGGUCGGUCCUGGUCAUCUUACUUUGCCAGUUUGUUAACAAACGACACUGAUUAUCUUCGAAUUCGGGUCAAUUUUUUGCCUAAAGGAUUUGAUCUAUUGGACCCAGUUGCGUUUUUUGUUAUUGUUCUCACGAAUGCUAUAGCAAUAAGUGGGACGAAAAGGACCUCUGUCUUGAAUUGGAUCGGUUGUAUACUUAGUCUUAUGGUUAUUGUGUUCAUUAUAGUAAUGGGAAUUGUUUGUGGCGAUGUUUCGAAUCUGAAUCCAUAUUUCCCAAAUGGAGAGAAGGGUGUUUUUGAGGCUGCUGCUAUUGUAUACAUGUCAUAUGUAGGUUUUGAUAUGGUGGCCACAAUGGCAGAGGAAACUAAGCAACCCUCUAGAGAUAUCCCCAUUGGUUUGGUCGGUUCAAUGAGUAUGAUCACUGUAAUUUAUUGCCUAAUGGGUUUGUCAUUGACCAUGUUGCAGAAAUACACCGAAAUAGAUCGAAACGCAGCGUUUUCAAUAGCUUUUGGAAAGAUUGGGAUGAAUUGGGCCAAGUAUUUGGUGGGUAUAUGUGCCCUCAAGGGUAUGACUUCGAGUUUGCUUGUUAUGUCUCUCGGCCAAGCUCGUUACAUCACUCAAAUUGCAAGAGCUCAUAUGAUUCCACCUUGGUUUGCUCUUGUUCAUCCAAAAUCUGGUACCCCAAUUUAUGCCACUCUUUUAAUAACCAUUACUGGCUCAGUCAUAACAUUUUUUACGAGUUUGCAUGUUUUGUCAAGCGUUUUCUCGAUCAGUACGCUCUCUAUUUUUAUGCUUAUAGCUAUUGCAUUGCUAGUUAGGAGGUACUACAUUAGAGAAGUUACGGAAAAGGAAGAUUUGAUCAAAUUUAUUACUUUUUUAUCUCUUGUGAUUGGUUCUUCUAUUGGGUUUACUAUACUUUGGAACAUGAAUAGGCGAGGGUGGAUUGAGUAUUCUGUGGCUGCCUUGAUUUGGUCCGUGGGGAAUUUGGGGAUGACACUGCUUCCAAAGCAAAGAGUUCCGAAGGUUUGGGGAGUUCCUAUGGUUCCAUGGCUGCCAUCUCUGUCUAUUGUGGUUAAUCUUUUUCUUAUUGGGUCUUUGGGAAUGGUGGCCUUCUUCAGGUUCUUCGUCUGCACUGCGCUGAUGCUUCUUUACUAUUUCUUUGUUGGUCUCCAUGCAACCUAUGAUGUGGCUUGUUCCAUUAACUCAUGUGAAUAAAUUUAAAAUUUUAAGAUCUUUCAUUGUUUGUUAACACAUUCACAUUUGUAUUACCUCAUUUGAAAUGAUAAUGUCAUGUGUUCACCCUAAAAUAUAUAAAAAAAAUUAAAAGA